CACGGAUUUGGGGGCUACGGCGGCUUUGGCAUCCCCGGCCGGGGUCGGAAAAGUUCUUGGCCGUUCUGUCACCCUUUGUCGCGGCUCUUCUCUCGUAAAGCCAAGCGUCUUUAGAAAUCCCAGAACGUCGGUUUUGCAAGGGAAAGUGCCCUAUGGCAGAAAGCCAGGAUCAAGGCAUUUGACCUGAGAUUCCCGUUCCGGCUGCUGUGGCCUGCUACUCCAUCUGUUGGCCAACUCCUGCACUAGAGCGAGGUGGGAUGAGAGAAAGAGAGAGGGAGAAAGAACGGAAGAACAGUCAGCAGAUUAACAUUAAUCCUCCAGCUUUGCUCACUUCCAGCCAGACAAGAACAGUCACCGGACUAAGAACAGACUCCUUGGUCAUCGUUUCACCCUUUGUUUGAGGAGGGAGGCCCAGAUUGUCAUCCACACUCUGCAUUCCUGAAGGACCUAGCCUACAAUCAACAAAUCAGCCUGGGACCUCCAUGAAAGUUGUGAGGACAAAGGAAAAGGGUGUAAGUUAGAUUCCCACUCCCUACUGGAAACCCAGAAGUUCCAUGACAGGUGGGUCUUCGUUCUUUGACUAGCCAGAAGAAGAAGGGCAGAAGGGCGAAAGGAUAACACAAAUGAUGGGGAGAGGUCCUGGAGUGUGACUGACCUCUGAGACGUGUACCCCACAUCAUCACCACUGCCCAAGUGAAGCCCAUCUGAUCUGAGGGACAGAAUACACAGUUUCUGAGAGAGGGCUUCAAAGAGGCUAAGAGAUGAGUCUUGGGAAGCUGCCAGUAAUCAGUUGGGUAUCCGGCUCCCACAACAAGCGGCGCCUGAAAGGAGAUCUUACACCAGACAUGAUCAGUCCACCACUGGGGGACUUCCGCCAUACCAUGCAUGUGGGACGUGGUGGAGAUGCCUUUGGGGACACUUCCUUCCUCAGAAACCAUGGUGGCGAGGCAGCCAAACCCAAUAACUUCUUUGCCCGGACACUCAGGCACGUAAGGAAGAGCCCACUAAGGAACCGGGGAAGCAGAAGUAAUGAUGAGGCCUCGCCGACACCUCCUGCCAUCUCGCCUAUCAUCAAGAAUGCUAUAUCACUGCCACAGCUCAAUGAGGGUAACUACGGGAAUGAUGGCUGUGGUGUAAACUUUGCCUUCAAGAGCACACCUAACAGCUUCUCUGACUAUGGACUAGAAUCUGGAUUCUGCACCAUCCCCCGUGUUCCUCGCUCAGAGAAGACCCAGGACAGCUCCUAUACUAAUGAAUUGGCUCUGGCUCGUUCCGACUCCUUGCUGUCUUUCCGCCUUGAUCUUGGUCCCUCACUCAUGAGUGAACUCCUUCAUGUCAUCAGCUUCCCUGGAGACCUCAGCAGCAAAGACAGAGGAGAGGAGGAAAAUGAGGAAAGCAAAACUCCAAACAGCAGUGAUGCCAGUUCUCCACUUCACCUGAAAAAGAGCACCUGGGCAGAGGCCUCUUUGCCCCGGAGAUCAGGGUCACUACACAAUAAUUGUGAAGAGAGCAAAGUCUCAUCAGGCUUUUGGAGUCACUCUGAAGCUAGCUUGCCGCUAGGACACUCAGUAUGUACCAAUGGAGACUCUCAUUCCAUAGAGUUGUCCCAGGAAGGGUCACCCUGUUCCAGGGGAAAGAGCUCUAACCCAGGAGCAGGAGCUGCUGAGCAAAAAGAGACCUACUGGCAAGGGUACCGGAAGGACUGCAACGUGGAAGCAAGAGAAUUUGACCAUGCCACCCAGGUUCUAGCUUGCCAUUAUGGCCCAGGAAGCACAUACCACAGCCUACAAGAGCAGGAAGAAUCAGGAAGCCAAGCUUCAUGGGAAAGCCCAGAUUCCAACACAUGGUGCUGGAAGGCAGGCAUGGCAGCACAACAGGCACACAGAGCUGGGUGGCACCAAAGAGCAGAGGAAGAAGAGGAGGAGGAGGAGGAGGAUUUCUCAGGAGACUGUGCAACCAUUGCCAGAGAGGGACACAGUGAUUCCUUUGAAUAUGUUGAUGAGGACGAGGAAGAUGAAGUUAAGGUCUGAAUAGCCAUAUAUGCUCUGUUGUGACCUCCCACUAUGAGAGUUAAAAGAAGCAAUGACAGUUGGCACAUUGAGGGUGAACUCCCAGGGUUAAGUUUUUUGGGAGUCCCCCCCCCCCGUGGGUAUAGAAUGGCAGGUGAAGGAAGAAGCUUGUUUCUCUGUCCUGCUCCCUACCCCCUCAACUUGAGCAUUUUAAGAAAGGGUUCAAAGAAAAGCAGGAGAGCCAGAAGUCAAGUCCCUGCUGCUGAUUCCUUACAGCCCCCUCUCUGGUUUGCAGCCAGCAUUUAAAGACACUAAUGAGUCUUUAUCCCUAUUGGCUGGCUGACUCUGCCACUGCAGCGUGGGCCAUGACCCCUCCACACAUUGAUAGAAAUUAUUCUUGAUAAAAGAAAUGCAAAUGGGACCGCCAGCAGGACCCUCUGCAUCCGUGGUGCACCGUUAUAGGAAGGGAAGAAUGAGGGGGGAAAGGGAAAAAAAUCUGAGGUGUAGGAAGAUCAGGAAAAAAUGCAGGACGUGAACACAGCUACAUGCAACAUUACCCAUUUCGCUGUCAGGAGAUGGCUGUUGCUUGAAGAAAAGAUCACCAGGGCUGUUUUUCCGGUCAGAUAUACAGACAUCACACCAUUCAAGAAGUUCCCCCUCUUUUGCUUCCCUUGGAACAUCAGAACUGGUUUGGACUGAAAAAGAGCUCUUGGGUAUUUCAUCCGUUUCUUCAUUUAUCAAAGUCCAGGUUAGACCAGGACAAUUCAUUUUGCAUUCUGGCGAAGAAAUAUCACCCAGGUCUUCUGCAAGUAGUAACCCUGAAUCCAUUCCAGGUUCCAAGUUAUAUUUUUUCCUGCUUCAAAGGAAAGCACAAGAAUUCAGAAAUCCUCCCUGUCAGCUUGAGAGGGUAUAAGAAUCCAGUUCUUAGAAAAGCUCGCAGAGGGAGACCUCCUUACACCUGGCCCUGGAUCUCCUACAGCAAGAGUAAAGCCUGAGCAGCGUUGUACCUGAUCUUUUCGUUUUUGCCCCCUGCACACAGGACCCUGCACGACUGUGAUGGGGCAACUUACCCACAGGCUGCUUGUUCUGUGGUGAAAUGAGGAGACCGUUUUUCUCAGGCCUUGAUGGGUUAGAUUCAACCCCAGGUCAUGCCUUAACAUGCCUGUGCUAUCCUAAAGGACAUUAAUCUGACCUCCAGGGCAAUUCAAGAAAGGAUAAUGAGGUGAUACAGUCCGGAGAGUGGAGGUUUGUGGGGAGACAUGUCUGGAAAGAGAAGUCUAGAACAAGCCUUCUCCCUGAGGCGGCCAGUUAUUGAUGAGGCAGUUUCCACAAAGGGGUGCUUUCAAAAGGGAUCAGUGAAAACUGAGUCUCCCCAAGAUGUGCCCAACCAGAAAAGACUGAAUGGAUAUGAGUGUGAGAGAUGAGAUGUUCCCUUAGCACAGCAGCAAUCUGAGAAUCAGACUUCUAGUCCAUCUUCUCCGGCUCUGCAUAUUUUGGGAGAUACUCACACACAGCUCUCUGUUUUUUUCAACCCCUUCCUGGUCUGCAUUUUUCCACGGUCAAAUCAUCAAAUUCUCAAGAAACUAUUCAGAUGAGAAACAAAACGGAUGAAGCAGAUGCCAGACAGCACACUAUUGAGGACAUCCCAACCACGGGGAAAGGACUGUGUCACGGCAUUUAAUAUGGCUGCUAGCAGAAACCAGAAUGUAGCAGGGAAUGCAUUUGAUCUAUACAAAUUAAUUUUAAAAAAACAGCAACCCAGCAACAACCAGGAAUAUCAAUUUGUCUUGAUCCAGUUACUGAAAAACGAUUCCCUAAAGGCUGUUCACUUGGGAGGGGAUUGUCUUGUUCCGGCAUCAAAGCACCCACAUGAGCAGAAUGUCUGUGGGGAGGUUCAGACUCCUUCUCCCUAACAUCAGAGAAGAGGGUGCAGUUUCUGCACCACUCCGUGAGCUCUUUCCCCCUUUUCGGUCCAGCAAGAUGGAAUAUAUUAAAUUGUUUCCUCUCAGCUACAUACAAGUGCACACACCUAUAGGUUUAGGAACCCUUGCCUGGUCCCC